AGAUCGAUAGAUUAAAGAAGAAAAAUAUGAUGGAGAGGUUGCUAAUUAAGUUGUUAUUGAUGGUUUCAAUAGUUUUGGUUCAAGCAUACGGAUUCAAAGGUUUUUCAGAGAAAGAGAGGAUUGGUCUAUUAGAAUUGAAGUCUUUCAUAAAAUCAGUUAGCAAUUAUGAAACAGAAAAAAUCCUUGUUUCAUGGGUUGAUGAUAAAAUGUCUAAUUAUUGUGAAUGGGAGCGAGUUCAAUGCAACACCACUACUAGACAUGUCAUCAAACUGUCCCUCAAUUUCACUAGGCAGUUUUAUUCAAUUCGUAGACUUCCAACUCUAAAUUUGUCUUUGUUCCAUCCUUUUGAAGAGCUGAGAAGUCUGGAUUUAUCUGGGAAUGACUUUGGAGGUUGGCAUGAGAAUAAAGCAAAUGAUGGAUUUAGGAGUUUGAAACAACUCGAGAUCUUAGAUUUUCAUUGGAAUUACUUCAACGUCACCCUUUUAUCAUAUUUGACUACCCUAACUACACUCAUCACUUUGAAUCUUAAGGGUAAUAGUUUGGGAGAAGGUCUCAAAUCAGUGAAACAAGGUUUUGCAAGCAUGAAAAACUUGCAAGCAUUGGAUUUAAGUGAUAAUCAAAUAAAUGGACAUCUAUCAAAUCUAGGUUUAGGAAAUUUGACAAACUUGAAAAGAUUGGAUCUAAGUUAUAAUGAAAUCAAUACUUCUCUAGCCAAUUUAGGUCUAAAAAAUUUGAAAAACCUAGAAGAAUUUAAGAUGAGAUAUAAUAGACUGAACGGUGUUCUUAAUUCAUUAGGUUUAGCAAAUAUGACAAAGUUGAAAAUAUUGGAUCUAAGUGAAAAUCAUAUCAACACUUCUCUAACAAGUUUAGGUUUACAAAAUAUAAAAAGUUUGGAAGAGUUAUAUAUGAGUUAUAAUGGAAUGAGUGGUUCUCUUACUGCUCUAGGUUUAGCGAAUUUGACAAACUUAAAAAUAUUGGAUUUAAGUUCAAAUCAAAUCAACACUUCUCUGGCAAGUUUAGGUUUACAAAACUUAAAAAGUUUGGAAAAAUUGUAUAUGUAUGAUAAUGGAAUAAGCGGUUCUCUUACUCAACUAGGGUUAGUAAAUUUGACAAAAUUGAAAAUGUUGGAUUUAAGAUUUAAUCAGAUCGUCAAUGCUCAAGGUUUAAAGUAUUUAAAAAACUUGGAACAGUUGUAUAUGGAAUCCAAUGAGAUGAGCGGUGAUGCUCUUACUUUAGGUCCAGCAAAUUUGACAAAUUUGAAAGUAUUGGAUCUACGAUAUAAUCAUAUUAACACCUCUUUGGAAAGCUUAGGAAUAUGUGAAUUGAAGGACUUGGCUGAAUUGCAUCUUGGUUUCAACAUUUUCGAUGGUCACCAAUUGAAAUGCCUACGCAACUUGAGUAAUCUUAAGGUUCUUGAUCUUUCAGGCAAUCAGUUAAAUGGGAACUUCUUGUCAUUUGUUGCUUAUGAUCUCACAUCCCUUGAAUAUUUGUCACUUUCCCAUAACAAUUUGGAAAGUUCCUCGACUUAUGAUCUGUUUCAACCUGCAAGUGAAAAUCGACUUCCAACAUAUCAAUUGAAGGGCAUCUUAUUACAAAAUUGCAACUUAGAGGUCAUACCUCAUAUUCUCUCAUACUAUUACAAUUUAAGAUUCAUUGACCUCUCUAAUAACAAAUUAGUUGGAAAUUUUCCCGUUUGGUUAUUAGAAAAUUACACCAAAUUAGAAGAUCUAAGUUUAAGGAAUAACUCAUUCUCAGGAAUUCUUCAAGUGUCCAAGUCUAAAUGCAAUCUACGUCUUCUAAAUAUUGCUAGCAACAAUUUUACAGGUCAGUUGCCCGAGAAUAUAGGUAUAAUUUUGCCUCGCUUGUCGUAUAUAGACAUGUCAAAGAAUUUAUUACAAGGUAAAAUUCCUUCUUCAAUGGGUAAAAUGAAAGGACUUGAUACUUUGGACUUGUCUAGCAAUAAUUUUUCAGGAGAGUUACCUGAUAAUUUUGUUAAUGGUUGCUUCUCAUUAAGAAUACUAAGACUAUCAAAUAACAAAUUUCAAGGGCAGAUUUUUCCUAGGCAUAUGAACCUAACUCUAUUGGAGUGGUUGUACUUGGAUAACAACACCUUUAGUGGGAAGAUUGGAAAUGGGCUAUUGAAUGCAACUUCUUUACUUUUCUUAGAUAUCAGCAACAAUAAAGUAUCUGGUCAAAUUCCACAAUGGAUUGACAAAAUUUCAAGUCUUGCUUAUCUUUUAAUGUCAAAUAAUCUUUUAGAAGGUACUCUUCCCAUUGAGCUAAGCAAUCUUGAAGCACUUUCAAUGCUAGAUGUCUCUGAAAAUAGGUUGUCGGGAUCCAUACCAUGUGACUUUAAUCUUUCGGUGAACUAUCUUUAUAUGCAAAAAAAUUCUCUCAGUGGAUCAAUCCCAAAUUCAUUGUUUGAAAACUCUGAAUUAGUUACACUUGAUUUGAGAGAUAACAAGUUUUCUGGAAAUAUUGAUCCCCGUUGGUUUAAUUAUCACUCAGCUCUUCAUUUUCUUCUCUUGUCAGACAAUCACCUACAAGGUAGUAUUCCUAAUCAAUUGUGUAAACUAAUGAACCUGGGUCUCUUAGAUCUUUCACAUAACAAACUCAAUGGGUCAAUACCUUCAUGUUUUACUAAUUUGGCAUGCUGGAGAAUGGUAGAAGAGAUUGAUUGUGGGCCUUCCAUUUCGGUGUAUGGUUGGGGUAUUGCUAAUGAUGAACUAGAUUUCCUCUCUGAUUCAACAAUUUCAUCAUUUUAUGUGGAGGAAGGCUUUUAUGAAUCAUUAGAUACAAAAAUAUUCUUGGAAGUAGAAUUUACGAUGAAAAAUAGAUUAGAUUCAUAUAAGGGAUAUACUUUUGAAAAUAUUGUCGGAUUGGAUUUGUCAAACAAUGAAUUAACUGGUAAAAUUCCAUCGACAAUUGGAGAGCUACAAGGAAUCAUAGCAUUGAAUUUAUCUUACAAUUUCUUAUCAGGACUUAUACCUAAGAGCUUUGCCCAUAUGAAAGAGAUAGAGAGUCUAGACCUUUCCCACAAUAAAUUAAGGGGUCAAAUUCCUCCGCAAUUAACCCAACUAUAUAAUUUGGAGGUCUUCCAUGUGGCACACAAUAAUUUAUCGGGGCCAAUUCCUAAUCAAUUUCAAUUUGAAACUUUUAAUGAAGACGAUUUUGAAGGUAAUCCUUAUCUCUGUGGUCGGUUAAUUAAGAAAAAUUGCACUAAUGCGGCAUUACCACCACCUUCAACAACAGUGCAAGACGAAGAUGAUGAAUCUAUUAUCGACAUGGUAGCAUUCAACUGGAGUUUCACUGGAUCAUAUAUCACAACUAUAACGGUCUUGAUAAUGAUCAUUUGGAUCAACCCGUAUUGGCAUAGAGUUUGGUUUGAUUUUAUCGAUGCAUGUAUUUAUUUAUGUUUAUAUUGGUUUGUCAAGUAUGUUUGGCAUUGAUUUUGAUCAAUAUAUAUGUCAUAAUAAGUUGAUCUCAUUUU